UCUAAUGGGGAAAAAUUUUCGGGCUCUCUUUUCGACUUCUCUCCAGUACUGAUCUCCCUCCUCCAUUUCUCUCUCUUCGAGCUACCUCUCUCCUCAACUUCUCCGGCGUCAUCAAGCUCGCAGGGCCAGAACUUCUCCGGCGUCGUCAAGCUCGCAGGGCCAGACCUCUUCCUCAUCUUCUCCGUGCUCUCUCUAGUCUCUCUUCUCCUUCUCCGGCAACGUCGUCAUUUCUCACACUUUCUUCAGGGCUACAGAUCAAACUCCAUGAACACUCAUCAACCAAUGAGGUCAAACUCUAUGGACAUGCAACCCAAUUCUGAGGGCUAUAGAUCAAACUCCAUGAACACUCAUCAACCAAUGAGGUCAAACUCUAUGGACAUGCAACCAAACUCUGAGGUUCCCAAUGAUAUCGUGAAACGAUUUCGAGGUGUAUGCAAUUUUGAUUUGACAUUUUCAUAUGUCUUGGCUGGUUGGGAAAGAUCCGCCUCUGACUCUAGGGUAUUGAAUAGUGCAUUGACAAGAGAGCUUGAUAGAUUAAAAGUACCUCAAGGUAAGUAUUAUUUAGUAGAUGCUCUAUAUUGAAGUACACGGUAUCACUUAAGAGAAUAUAGUGCAUCUCAACCACAGCGAAAUGCUAGAGAACUUUUUAACCUCAGACAAUCAUCAUUGAGGAAUGCUAUUGAGAGAGCCUAUGGUGUUUUAAAGAAGAGGUUUCCAAUACUAGGCAGUGGUGCUGAUGAGCCUUUCUAUUCAAUUCGGACGAAAGUGAGAAUUGUUAUUGCUGGAUCUAUUUUGCAUAAUUUUCUAAUGGGUGUUGAUAAUAAUGAGGAAAUUGUUGUAGAAGUUGAUAGUGAGCGUAGUGACCCAUCAAGGCCAAUACCAUCAUCUGAUGUAGAUGAAUCAAUUCAAACCCAAGAGUCUAGGAGCCAUGAAUAUAUGGAGGGUGAAAUGCUAAGGGAGCAAAUAGCUAUUUCAAUGUGGAAUGCAUAUUGUCUAAACAACUAAA